UAUUUCAACUUCAAAUAAUCCAUUUGAUAUUCAACAAACUGGAAAUAAAAUGAAAGCUUACGAUCUCUUGUUAAGUAUACUAUUAAUUUUACAUCCUUUUUCCAAAGCGGAUCGCGGUACUGUGAGUGACCUGAGCGAUGACACCUUUGAGCUUUUGAUCUCUGGAGGACACAAGCCGGACAGCAAUAGAUACUCCCGGCAUGUGGUCUCUAUACGAACCCUCAAUUAUGUUGAGGUCCAGGGGGACAACCACUUUUGCAGCGGAACUCUGAUCAGCAGUCGGGCCGUUCUGACUGCUGCCCAUUGUGUGACGGAUCGUUACAAGGCCUCCAUGAAUCCAAGGGGUCUACGGGUCAUUUUCGGACAUGUGGACCGCCUGGCUUACUACACGGAAGACCACACCAGUCGUGUGGAUCAGAUUAUGGUGCAUCCGAAAUAUGAGCGGUACAAAUCCCAUGAUUUGGCCAUUCUCUGGCUAACAACAAGGAUUCCCAGCCAUAACCAUGAUGUGGUGCCGCUGCUGAUGCGUAAGAAAGCGAAUCUAACCGUUGGCAUCCACUGUAUUACUAUGGGCUGGGGUCAAAUUUAUCAGCAUGGCCCGUAUUCGGAUGAACUGCUCUAUAUGGAUGUAAUCAUUAGUAAUUCUUCUCGGUGCGACGAAAACAUUUCUGAUUUCAAUGAGGAGGAGAGCGUGUGCGUGAAGCCGAUGAAGGAAGGCGAGUACUGUGCCGGCGAUAUGGGCGGACCACUGAUAUGCCGGGGGGCUUUGGCCGGAAUCAUCGGCGGAAGCCUCGGCUGCGCCGGCGGCAAGGCCAUGAAGUUUGUCAGCUUUCUUAAAUACAGGAAAUGGAUAGUGGGCACUGUGCACGGAAUGACAGCCUCUAAACGACCUCUGUUUGUGUAUCUUCCAGCUUACUAUUGGAUAUUAACAAAUAUUCUACAUUGGCUUUGGAAAAUUCAAUGGGAGCUUUGAAUAUUAUCAUUCCCGUUUACU